AUGGCGGCCAGCCCGAACAACAGCAGCAACAACACGACCGUGGUGAACCCGGACUGCAGCGGCGGCGCGGCCGUCGGUGGCGGUAGCGGUUCAGCGGCCGUCAACGGCAGCUCGGCCAGCCCGUUCGGCCAACAAGGCGAGGACCGGUUGAAAGGCCUGUACCCGAUGGUGGACGAGGACGACACGCCGUUGCCACGGAGCUGGAACUCCAAAGACAAGUUCACCAAUCUCGGGCUGUCGCAGAACAACAUACGCGUUCACUACAAAGGUCAUGGUAAAACACAUAAAGAUGCAGCUAGUGUUAGAGCCACACACCCUAUUCCUGCUUCUUGUGGUUUAUACUAUUUUGAAGUAAAAAUAGUUUCAAAAGGACGUGAUGGUUAUAUGGGUGUUGGACUUUCAGCCCAAGGAGUCAAUAUGAAUCGUUUACCAGGCUGGGAUAAACAUUCAUAUGGUUAUCAUGGUGAUGAUGGCCAUUCAUUUUGCUCAAGUGGCACUGGUCAACCGUAUGGACCUACUUUUACUACUGGCGAUAUUAUCGGUUGUGGAGUAGAUCUUGUGCACAACCACUGUUUUUAUACUAAAAAUGGAACCCAUUUAGGAACAGCAUUUACUGACCUUCCUCCAAAUUUAUUUCCCACGGUAGGAUUACAAACACCUGGUGAGGUGGUUGAUGCCAAUUUUGGACAGUUGCCAUUUGUGUUCAAAAUUGAAGAAAUGAUGAAAGAACUCAGAAGCCAAACCCAAAUGACUAUUCAAAAUUAUCCAUUUUCUUAUCCAUAUUCACAGUGCCAGACAAAUUUCCAUAAAAUGGUUUCUACUUAUUUAGUUCACCAAGGUUUCUGUGCUACAGCAGAAGCAUUUAUUUCCCAAACUGAUCAAUCAUUUGAAGAAGAGAUUGCUUCCAUAAAAAAUCGCCAAAAAAUAUUAAAAUUAGUAUCAACUGGUCGAAUGGGAGAAGCUAUUGAAAUGACCAAUAAGCUUUAUCCUGGGUUACUUGAAUCGAAUCGUAACCUCCUUUUUAAGCUCAAAUGUCGUCAGUUUGUUGAAAUGGUCAAUGGUACAGAUUCUGAGGUAACACCCCGCUCUCAUGAUAAUAUUGAAAUUCACACAACAACUCGUCCUUCGCCAAAACGUACAUUACAGUCAAAUAGAAGUCCAACAUCUAUACAAACCAAUGGAAAUAUAAAAUGUCAAAAACUAUCAAAUACUACUGAAGUGACUGAAAUAAAUUCAGUGAAUUUGAUAUUAAAUGGUUCUUCAGAUGCAACUACAAUUAAAACAAUAAAAAAUGGUACACCAAAAAUUAAUGACUACCAAAUAGAAAAAAUGGAUUGCAACGAAGACAACCAAAUGACUGAAUAUAAUAUUAUGUCAGCUGACAAUGUAAAUGGACAUCAUCAAAAUCACCUUUUAGAUGGAGAUUAUAGUUCAAAUGGUUACCACAAUGGACAUAAUUGUGAUGAACUAAGUAAUGGAACAUCAAGAGUCAAUAACAAUGGAAAUGAAGAAUCAAUGGAUAUUGAUCAACCAGAAUAUCACCAAACUACCAAAAAAGUAUGUGGUGGCAGUAAGCCGGGUGUUGAAAAAAUGUUAGAAUUCGGUCGAGAAUUAUUCUUACUUAGUUUGCAAUUACGACAAGAAUUAGGAAGAAAUGAAACAAAUAAAAAAAUGUUACAAGAUGCGUUUAGUUUAUUAGCAUAUUCUAAUCCUUGGGAUAGUCCUGUUGGUUGGCAACUGGAAGCUUCCCAAAGAGAUAGUGUAUGUGCAGCACUGAAUUCCGCUAUUUUAGAAUCGAGUAAUUUACCACGACGCCCGCCCCUGGAAAUGACUGUUGGUCAUGCCUAUGAACUAGUCAAGCUGAUGGCAGCGUCUAGUAUGGGAGCGUGUGCUUUCACCAAUAUUGACGAACUGCUCAAAUGA